AUGCGCACAUCUUUCGCGCUAUCUGUCGCUUCUCUAUGUGGUGCCACGGUUGCCCAGAACAACACCAUUCUGAGCAUUAAGUCUGGUAUCAGCGAUGUUGACAUCCGCCGAUUGCCUCAAAUGCUGAGGAGUGCUGGUGAAACUCCUGACCAGAAGAUCGUCUCUUUCCUGAAUACCGCUGAGGUCACCACGCUUGUGUAUGUCCAUACGCAACUGGUCCGAACAUCAGCUUCCAGCAUCGACAGCGAUACUCUUUGCAGUUUCGUUACUGAGGCGAGCCGCAAGCUAUCAUUACAGUCUCGAUGUGCCGCCGAUGCUCUUGGCGAAGCCUUCGAAGAAUCCGGUGAUGAUUUGCACUUGAACGAUCCCGAUGCCGUCUACCAAAAGCAUUUGGAAUGGAUGAAGAUGGACCAAGUGUGGCAGCUUGCUCUCCCUCAUGUUACUCGGAAAAUCAAGGUGGCCGUUAUAGAUUCCGGUAUAGACUGGACUGAUCCUGAUCUGGCUCCUUUGAAGGGGACGGUGACGAAGAAAAGCGGUGGCUAUAAUGAAGGAGGGUGGAACUUCAAGACCAAUUCGUCGACUCUGACAUUCAAGAACACCCACGGUACCAGCGUCAGCAAGCUUCUUGCCGCCAAGAGUAACAACUCGAUUGGAGUUGCUGGAAUUGCUCCCAAUGUCACUUUAGUGCCACUACAGAUUUUCGCAGAGGACUCCC